CGUUGAUCCAGACAUCUCCAUCAUGGCGUCUCUCCUGCGGUUAGGAUUUCGGCGAGGGGUCGGGGCUGUGAGUCGGCUGACCUGUGCGGUGCAGGGGUCACAUCAACACGCCUUCAGCUCAGCCUCCCCCUUACAGGCCCCAGCAGUUACCCAGCCUGCACCAGACUUUACAGGCACGGCAGUAGUAAAUGGGGACUUCAAGGAUAUCAGCCUGGUGGACUUCAAGGAUAGAUACCUGGUGCUGCUCUUCUACCCCCUGGACUUCACCUUUGUGUGUCCGACUGAGAUCAUUGCGUUCAGUGAGAAGGCUGAGGAGUUCCAGAAGCUGAAGGCAGAGGUGGUGGGCGUGUCUACUGACUCUCACUUCAGUCAUCUGGCAUGGAUCAACACACCCAGGAAGCAAGGUGGCCUGGGGGAGCUGAAGAUAGCACUGCUGUCAGACUUCAACAAGAAGAUCGCACGAGACUACGGAGUGCUGCUGGAGGACGCUGGGAUUGCUCUCAGAGGCCUGUUCAUUAUUGAUCCCCGGGGGAUCAUCAAACACAUGAGUGUGAACGACCUCCCCGUCGGGCGCUCGGUGGAGGAAACCAUCCGGCUGAUCCAGGCCUUCCAGUUUGUGGAGAAGCACGGGGAGGUGUGUCCUGCAGGCUGGCAGCCGGGCGCCGACACGAUCAAGCCAGAUCCAAAGGGAUCGAAGAAGUAUUUUGACAAGGCAAGCUAGAUGGUCACAAGGAGCAGUGUCAGCAGGUAGAUGAAAAACAGUCAUCUCACCUCCAAACAAGUAGUUCAUAAAGUUUAAAGGGACAGCACAUAAACAAUCAUCACUUGUGACUAACAUUAGACAUACACUUUUGCAAACAUUAACAAUCUAGGAGGAAUAUUACCAGAAUAUUACUAUGUGUAAACAAAAUGUAAGUUUAUAUGAACCCUGGAUUACUCUAGAGAAGGACUACUCUCUGCCACUUCUGUGUUGCGUGUGUAUCAAACUGGACUUCAAAUGUGUGCUUCUGUACAUGUAUUAUUGAAUGAUGCAGCCAGGUUGAUAUUAUUUUGCUGCAUCCAUUAUCAUGAACCUAAUGUAAGAUCUAUCUGAGCUCUUUUAUUGCCACAUGCUGAAACUUCGUAUGAACUUCAUGGCUGGGAUUUGUGUGUUAUGUUGGAUAGCACAGAAAGCAAUAUACAGUGUUUAAUCAAACUCAUAUGUGCUCUACUUUGUGUAUUGAUUGCUAAGUUUUAUUGCUUCAGUAUCAAACUACAGUCAAACCUGUACUGGUGUCUAGAUCACUGUAAGGUUGUACUGCCAGAACCUGUAGCUGGCAUCUUCAACAUCUACUAGAUUACUCAUCAACCUCCUCCCUGCCAUGAGGUGUUUCAUUCAUCAAACUUGUCUGGCUACAGCAUAAAUCAACAAAGAGAAGGGUAAUCCUGGCACAUUUGUAUGAUCUGACAAGGGAAGGCUUUGUGCCAUAAAAUACAAGAAAAACAAAGCCUCAAGUACAGUUGGAGACAUUUAUUGAUAUACAAGACAUUGACAAUACAUGUAUCAGCAUAGAAACACAACAACAACAAUUCUUACUUAGAACUACCUGAACACAAACAUUGCACCCAAAGUGAAUACUUUCCACUACACAACAAAUUUCUCCAUAAUUAACAUACCUAUAAAGUAAGCUUAACCAUAUUUCUUUACAUAAAACAAAGUAAUAAACUGUGGCACAGUUGCAUUGCACCUUAAGCUAUCUGAUAAACAUUGUGCUUUUAUAGCUCAGCUCUCGUUGUGUUGAAAUGAAACAGGAACACAUACUGAGUACACAGAACUGUGACUGUCGUAAACCAGUUUGUAAAUGUGUGUGAUAACAUACACAUGAUAUGGCCUGACUGUUGCUGUACCAUGUUUUGUAAUACUAAUAGCCAUGAUUCUGGCAUGGUGCAAAAUCAUUUUUUGUUGCCGGUUCCACAAAGCCUUGAGUACUGUACAAAGCAAGAGUCACUUCCAGUGCUGAGAUAAGAUUGGGUGUUGUCCUGUAGAUACCACAGUAUAACGCUUCAAUGACUGACUCAAUGACUGAAUAUUCUUAAAUACUAAUGCUACCCAAAUGGCACAGUUAUACAGGACUAGAAUGUAAUUCAAUUUCUGCAUAUUCAAUAGCUACUUCUGAGAGGUCCUCAAAUGUAAUUACAGCAAAGCAGUCUAUCCAACUUUGGUAAUAAUUCAUGUAAUGGGCUUUCUUAUCAGCUGAUUUUGUCUUUGGCACUCAAGGACUACUGAUGACGGCGUGCAUGAUGCUUUAUUUGGGCUCUUCACUCUGGACAAGAGGUUCAUGUUGUUUCUCAUUUGGCUCAAAAGUGAACAAUGUCAGUUUUCUUGUAAACAUUUGACAACACUAGCAUACAAUUACCAGUUGCUUACUUUAACACAGAAAAUUCUUUUGUAAUUUUGGUUAUAUGUUACUUUUUGAUAUUUGACAAUUUCACCAUGCUUUUGUACAAAUCACAAUUUUGCAAUAUGACAGAUCCUCUGUGACUUCAAAACAAGUACAGAUUUGUCAAACACCAAUACAAAAUACAUACAUAGUGCACAUCAGUAUGGAAUGUCCGAGUCACACAAAGUGUAUGAACUUUCUUGAUACGUGAUAUGGUAAAAGAGGUUUUAAAGGGAUGGCUGAGAAAUGGUUCACACAAUAUAUACAUCAUGCAGGGGAUCACACAGCUUUCAGCUUAACACUUAAUGCACAGCCAUGUCUUUACAUAAGACAGAUUAAGGUCAUCAUGUCUUCACUUAAACAACACAUUGAUACAAGUUCAUUAUGUCUCUCCAUGCUGAGGAUACUUGAGAUGACCUGACCAGCAUAGAGCUAUCAGACAACUUGACCUGAUCAAUGUGAAUAUGUAUUUUACACUCUGAAGAACACUUUCACAUGCACUUGCCCAUUGUACUGAGACAAAUAUAAAAGUCACUUGGGUUACUGCACAUCCCCCAUUAUACCUGUGUUACUACAGGUACUUCUUUUAUCAGUAUACAACACCAUCAGCCAAGGCCCUGUGUCAGUGUACAUGUAAGUUACAGUCCCAUGUACAUUUGGCAGAAGGUGUUUUAAAUACUGCAACAGUGAACCCAAAUCAGUACACUAGUUCAAUAUCCUGCUUCCAUGCAGGGACAUCCAAACUGAAUAUUCACAUGCAGCAGCUUUGUACAUACUAUCAUUCCAUAAAUGAUCAACUGAAUCAAUAAGUAAAUAACAGCACUUUGCCAUGUAUUGACUGUAUAUUGGGAAGGUUUUUAUAGACUGUAGCAGCAUGGUUUUGUCUUAUACAUUAAAAUAAGUUGAAAACAAUGGUUCUAAACCUCUUUGCAAUGGAGACAAAUGGCAAAAAAAUAAUGUUUGAACAUGUGGUUGUGUACUUUGUUGCAUACUCUGUGGUAUGGAGUAAACUCUGACAUUUCAUACAUAAUGUCCUCAUGAUGGUUCAGGACAGAUGCUGGUGGCAAUGAUUUCAUGUGGGAAUGCUAAAAGAUUACUCUGACAUUUCCUGAUGUUUAAAUGCUUCAUCCAAAAUGCCAAGGUCACUUCAUUAUUCUCUGCCAUUGAAUCACUCGGCCCUGGCUAGAGUCUUAUCCGUACCAAAUGUGUUUGAGGACUGAUCCAUUCCUAAUUACGAUUGAUUUCGUAAGGAUGACGAAUUCUAAUCAGGAUUGACAAAAUUCUUAUCAUUUGUAACCAUAGUGCUAGGAAAAAUCCUUGCCAUAAUGAUGGCAAUACUUCCUGAAAUUUGCUGCCUAUCCUGUAUUUUUACCAUGUAAAACAUUUUGAUGCAGAAACCAUGAGGUACUUUGAUAUUUACAAACAGCCUUCCCACCCAAUGGAUAGUUCCUUCCCUGUAGACUAUUUCCUGUGCAGUUUACUAUUUUAGUUCCUUUCUUCUUUCUGUAUAAACCAUAUAAGGAGUCAUCUCCUGUUCUGUCAAUAGUAUUUGUGGUUUUGCUUUAAUGUUGAAAGGGAGAGGAAAUCAGGACAUCAGAGAAAAAGACAGCCAACAUUUUUCUUUCAUGGGACCAAAGCCUCCUUUAACAAGGUUUUGCUUUUUUACAAAAGUCUGAAAAUGUGUAUUGUGAUAUCAUCAAGACAUCUAACUUGUGUUCACUAUCCUUUAUCUAACUCAUCUAUAAGUUUAGCAUCAGAUUGUCUCAGUUGAUUUCUAGGCACUAAACAUGACAUUUUACAACAUCUUUUCCUACUCCAGUAGGUCACUUCUGAGGUACCAUACUAUUAUAUACAUGCAUGAUAUGCCUUAGUGCUCUGUGCAGAUUUGCAUGUUAUGCUGCAGUAGGCUGCAGCCUUGCCUUCCCAGCAGAGGUGUACAGUGUGUCCCAGCAGAGAGGAGUACAUGUAGAUGUCCUGUCUGUGCUGAGCACUCUG